AUGCUUCAGGGUAUUCUCCGAAGCGCGCGCCGCGGCAAUGCGCUGGUGCGUCCCCCCGCGCGCCCCGAACGACGCGAUCGCGCGCGGACGAUCCAUCCGAUCGCGUCCGUCCGCCAAGCGCCGCGCUCGCAUCGGAAAUGCGGCGGAUCGUCCGCCGACGCGAGAUCCGCGUCCGCGACGCGACCUGACCACCCCCUCCGUCCUCCCGCCCGUUCCGUUCCCCCCUCCACUCCACAGCGCGCGUCCCGCGCGAACGUGAACGCCGCGUUCGCGGCCGCGGACGCGAGGUUCUCGACCUCCGCCCACCGCGCGGCCGGGAACGAGGUGAUCGGCAUCGAUCUCGGGACGACCAACUCGUGCGUCGCGGUGAUGGACGGAAAGAACGCGAAGGUGAUCGAGAACGCGGAGGGCGCGAGGACGACCCCCUCCAUGGUCGCGUUCACGGAGAAGGGUGAGCGCCUCGUCGGACAGCCCGCGAAGAGACAGGCGGUGACGAACCCGACCAACACGCUCUAUGCGUGCAAGCGUCUCAUCGGCCGCCGGUUUGACGACGAGCACACGCGGAAAGAAGCGCAGAUGGUGCCGUACGAGAUCAUCAAGGCGUCCAACGGCGACGCGUGGGUCCAGGCGGGGGGCAAGCAGUACUCCCCGUCCCAGGUGGGCGCGUUCGUCUUGCAGAAGAUGAAAGAAACCGCGGAGUCGUACCUCGGGCAUCCGAUCACGCAGGCGGUGGUGACGGUGCCGGCGUACUUCAACGACGCGCAACGGCAGGCGACGAAGGACGCGGGGAAGAUCGCCGGUCUGGACGUCCUGCGGAUCAUCAACGAGCCCACGGCCGCGGCGCUGUCGUACGGCGUGGACAAGAAGGAAGGCCUCGUCGCGGUGUACGAUCUCGGCGGAGGGACGUUUGACGUCUCCAUCCUCGAGAUCUCCGGUGGCGUCUUCGAGGUGAAGGCGACCAACGGCGACACGUUCCUCGGCGGCGAGGACUUCGACACCGCGCUUCUGGACAUGUUCACGUCGAACUUUAAGAAGGAGCAGGGGAUCGACCUGAAGAGCGACAAGCUCGCGGUGCAGCGCCUGCGCGAGGCUGCGGAGAAGGCGAAGAUUGAGCUCUCGUCCGCGAAGAGCACGGAUAUCAACCUUCCGUUCAUCACCGCGGACGCGUCAGGGCCGAAGCACAUGGCGAUGUCCAUGACGCGCUCGCAGCUCCAGGAGCUCGUGCAGCCGCUUCUCGACAGGACGAAGGACCCGUGCCGGUCGUGCCUCAAGGACGCGGGCGUCUCCGCGAGCGAGAUCAACGAAGUUCUUCUCGUCGGCGGGAUGUCGCGCAUGCCGAAGGUGCACGAGAUUGUCAAGGACCUCUUCGCCGGGAAGGAGCCGAACAAGGGCGUGAACCCGGACGAGGUCGUCGCCAUGGGCGCGGCGAUCCAGGGCGGCGUCCUCCGCGGUGACGUCAAGGAUAUCCUCCUCCUCGACGUCACGCCGCUGUCGCUCGGGAUCGAGACCCUCGGCGGCGUCUUCACGCGUCUCAUCAACCGCAACACGACGAUUCCGACGAAAAAGUCGCAGACGUUUUCCACCGCGGCGGACAACCAGACCCAGGUCGGGAUCAAGGUUCUGCAAGGCGAGCGCGAGAUGGCCGCGGACAACAAGAUCCUCGGGAACUUUGACCUCAUGGGCAUCCCCCCCGCGCCGAGAGGGUCCCCCCAGAUCGAGGUCACGUUCGACAUCGACGCGAACGGCAUCGUGAACGUCAGCGCGCGCGACAAGGCGACGAACAAGGAGCAGCAGAUCACGAUCCAGUCCUCCGGCGGUCUGUCCGACGCGCAGGUCGAGCAGAUGGUCCGCGACGCCGAGUCGCACGCGGACGCGGACAAGCAGCGGAAGGAGCUCAUCGAAGCGAAGAACGAGGCGGACACGUUGAUUUACAGCGCGGACAAGAACCUCUCGGAGCACGGGGACAAAGUCCCCGCGGAGGUGAAGGACGGCAUCAAGGAGGCGCAAGGGAACCUGCGCUCCGCGAUCGAGGCGGAGGACCUGGAGCAGGUCCGGGAGAAGAUCAACGAGCUGCAGCAGGCGGUCAUGAAGAUCGGCGAGGCGAUCAACAAGGGCGCGGCCGGCGGCGGCGACGAGCAGCCCGCGGCGGAGGAGGAGGAGCCGAAGAAGGAGGAAGAGAGCGGCGAGGAGAAAAAGUGAAAGUGACGAGAGCCGUCGCGCGCGCGGCGUGGGAAGGAGGGAGGGAGGGAGUGGAUUUUUUGAUAUCGCAGAGCUCGUCGCUUGUUUAAUGAGCAUCGCCGUUCGAGCC